CCGUGGUCUUUCGCAUACAGUACUAGUGCUUACAGCUCACACACACUCACAAACUAGCGAAAAGAGAGAGAGAGAGAGAUUGGGAGCAUGGGUUUGGCUACGGCGCUGCUCACCCUACUAUCAAUUUUCACGGUAAUGGCUCGGGCAUUUAAUUGUAACGGAAGCUCCGGAACCACCUGCAAUGGCCUAGUCGGCUACAUCUCACCCAACGCCACCACUCUGUCCAACAUCACAACCAUGUUCGGCAUCCCCCACUUCCGCUACCUCCUCGGCGCCAACAACUUCCUUCUCUCAACCCCACCCAACCAAACCGUGUCCGCCAAACAGUUGAUCAAAAUCCCCUUCACCUGCCACUGCACCAACAACGGCACCGGAAUCCCCCUCAACCGGCGCCCGAUUUACAAGGUGGUGGCCGGAGACGGACUCUACCACAUCGCGGCGGAGGUGUUCUCGGGAUUGGUGACUUACCCGGAGAUUCAGGCCGUCAAUAAUAUAUCGGACCCCAAUCUGAUUGAGAUAGGGCAGGAGCUGUGGAUCCCACUGCCGUGUAGCUGUGAUGAAGUGGAGGGUCAGAGAGUCGUUCAUUAUGGACACGUGGUGCAAGCUGGGAGCACGGUGGCUGAGAUUGCACAGCAGUUCAAUACCUCUGCCGACACCCUGCUCAAACUCAAUAACUUAACCUCUUCUGACCAACUUAAAGCCGCUACUCCUUUUGAUGUUCCCCUUAAAGCUUGUGCAUCAAUGGUGCGCAAUGGCUCAUUGGACUACCCUUUACUUGUCGCUAAUGGCACUUACGUCUUCACUGCUGGAAAUUGUGUGAUGUGCAAGUGUGAUGCAGCAAACUGGACAUUACAAUGUGAACCAUCCCAAGCUAAAUCAUCCCUCUGGGGAAUAUGCCCUCCUAUGCAAUGUGAAGGUUCAGGAAAUUUAACCCUUGGAAACGCGUCAAGUUGUACUACUUGUGCCUAUGCUGGUUACAAUAACCAAACAAUCCUCACAAUGCUGGACUCCUCCACUUGUUCAGGUUCUGGGAAUAAUGCUUCAAAGUCUAGUCUGCACAGUUGGAGCUGGAGUUACCUUCUCAUCUCCAUCCACUUGACGUUGCUCUGUCUUCAUAUCAUUCAGUGAGAUGUUUGUAUAUUUGUAUGAAAUCGCUAUUUUUUCUUUUCUUUUCUUUAAGUAGAGAUGGGGACGUGAUUGUUUCCGUCUCAAUUAUCUAUUUCUAUCAAUGUAAUGUGCAAGGGAAAAAAAAAUGUACUGUCAUUAGCUUGACAUGUGCGGAAAAUGAAAUUGUACUUGGAGUUUUGUUCUAGAAGACAAUUGUAAGAGGGGACUUGUUUUAAUUUAAUAAAUCAUCAUUUUCCUAAA